AUGGAGACCGGGAAGAAGGGCCGAGGGAGGCCUCCGCAGAGGAUCUCUCUACUACUUCUGCUACUUUCUGCCCUCCUCUCCCUCCACACCCCCAGCACCGAGGCGCAGGUCUUGAGCUGCGUCCUCACGGCAGAAUCCCAGUGCUACUACAGCGGAGGCAGUACCACCCCACCGCCCGCCAACGCGACCCAGUUGACCGCCAAUCUCCAGCAACAAUACUCGAGCAAUGCGCUGUUCGGCCCCACCUACAGCUGGAACAACAGCUUUGUGCUCAACCAGACCACGGCCGUCUUCUUCUCCUACAUCAUCCAAGACCCGGCCUACAACAUCUCCAGCCUCCGCAAGAAGAACGCGAUCAUCAGCAUCAACUCGGACCAGCUGCUGCUGCUGUGCCCCAACGUCCCCGGCAGCGGCCAGAUCCUGGACGCCUACGUGAGCGAGCCCCACACCAACGCCCAGUCCGACCCGCACGGCAACACCUACGGUGACGCCGUCGCCCACCAGCACCCCCACCCCCACCCCCACCUUGACACAAUCGCCCACCUCAACGCCGAGCAACAGCCAGUCGCCAACCUCCUCUACGACUCCCACCUCCACACCCACGCCGACCGCUUCGGUCACGCCAACGCCCACUGUCACCGCUACCCCCUCCAUAACGCCCACCCCGUCGCCUUCAACCUCGUCCACUCCUUCCGUCACCCCGUCGACAUCGCUCACCGCCACGCCCACGCCCAGCCCGACGCCUUCCGUAUCCUUGUCGCCCUCGCCCUCUCCGACGCCCUCACCGACCCCGACGGCAAGCCCAACCAGCUCCGUUACCCCCACCUCCACCCCCUCGAUCUCCGUAUCGCCCACCAACUCUCCGUCGUCGACAGCGUCGCCCACCAGCUCGCCGUCUUUGACACCCUCGCCCACUCAGUCGCCGUCAACGAUUCGAGCAGCAGCCCUAGCAAAAGCCCGAGCCAGUCUCCGACCAACUCGCCGACUCAGAGUCCCUCCAACUCGCCCACUCCUAGCCCCAGCACUUCUAACACGCCGCCCAAUUCGCCCCCGCCAUCACCCACCCCGUCGCCUACCCCGUCGCCGACCAACUCUCCCUCCGAGUCCCCCUCGGCGUCGCCCAACGCCCACUCCGACGUCGUCGCCCACCCGGUCGCCAUCGAGCUCGGCGUCGCCCACCCUGUCGCCAUCGAGCUCGCAAUCGCCCACCCAGUCGCCGACCAACUCGCCCACGGCCUCCACGUCGCCUUCGCCGUCGGCCACACCAACCAUCACGCCCACCCGGACUCCCUCCAAUUCGCCGUCGCCGACCAACUCUCCCCCCAACAGCCCCUCCGCGACGCCGACGCAGAGUCCGACUUCGACUCCCAGCUUUUCGCCCUCUUCGACGCCGUCGAGAUCGCCGUCGUCGACAAUCACGCCAUCGCCUACGAUGACGCCGUCGGCUUCUCCAUCGGCGUCCGUCACAUCGUCCAACACUCCGAGCCGGUCGGUGACGCCUACUGUGUCGACAUCCAGCACGCAAACACCGAGCGUCACGCCCUCCAUUACCCCGACGCCGACGGUGACGCCUUCCAUGUCUCCGACGCAUCCCCGUCCUCCAGCGUCACCCCCACCAUCUCCGGGACACCUAGCAUCACGCCCACCCCCUCCGUGAGCCCCUCGGCCACCCCCUCGCUCACCACCUCGCCCUCGCCCACGCCUCUGGUCUUCAACACCUGCAAGUUCUUCUUCUCCGCCAGCUUCACCCAGGGCUCGCCCUUCCAAGACACCGGCACGGCCGAGCAGUUCAGCGACCUGCUCACCCAGUCCUGGAACUCGUACCUGGAGCCGGGCAGCUUCACCGUCUACGUGAGCCGCUACACGGCCAGCCCGUCUCAAGCCGAGGUGAGCUUCGACUAUUCGAUCUACUUCACCCCGGCCACGGCCCAGGACGCUGUGCGCAGCAACAUCGCCCUGGUGUCGCGCGAGGCGCUGAUCAGCGUCACCCAAUCGGAUCCGAGCUCGUCGGCCCGACUGAUCAGUACAUUCCCCGAUUUGACGUGCUUUGUGCCGCCGACGGUCACCCCGUCGCCGUCGAUCACGCCUUCGAUCACGCCUUCGAUCACGCCUACACCCUCUAUCUCGCCCACAAUAUCGACCACGCCUUCUGUGACGUCGACCAUAUCAACGACGCCCAGCACCACGAUCACCCCGUCCGUGUCGCCUUCGAGGGUGUCCGCGACUCCGACUCCCACCCAGACUCCAUCCCACUCCCCCACGAAUGGCACGACUCUGAUCGACAGCGGCGGCGGGGGCGGCAGCGACAUCGGCUUGAUCGCCGCCGGUGUGGCGGUGCCAUUGGCCCUGAUGUUGCUGGCGGCGGUCGCUGCGGCAAUCGCGUUCGGCGUGUGGCGCAUGAAGCACCGCGCACCGCCGGACGUGGACGUCAACAUGAUUAGCCUGGACACAAUGGUGAGCUCGGUGGCGUCGCCUCUCUACCGGGGUGCCAACGAGACCUUCUUCAACGAGAUCUACCAGCACCCCGACGGUAAAACGGACACGAGCCGGUCCGACAUCCACCGAGCCAACAAGGAGAGCUGGAUGUCGGUGUGA